CAAUAGUUCCGCUACAUAUUGCUGACACACCAUCGUUGAACACGGACCAUAUUGAGGUCAGUGACGUCGGUGUGAUAACAUAACAGUGUUAUUAUAACGCGGAUGAUCUCUGAUAUUGCACGGAUAAAAGUACAGACGGAAGAUUAUAUCCUGUGGUUUAACAAUAGCUUAACGCAACUAACAGUUAGCGGGGCCGUAGGCCUACUAAGCUGAAACGAACCGAAAGGAGUUUGAAUUUAUGGCCGAAGUCUGAACCUCAUGACGAGACCCAACGACGGAUAAUCAUGUUCAGUUUCCUUGGACUCCGCAACAACUCAAAGAAGUCCACACCCGAGAAGGAAGUAGAUGGAGGCUUCGUUGUCAUUGGAGAGACCGUUGAAGAACAGAGGAGGAAGAUGCAGAGCAUGAACAUCGCACAGCCAUCAACAAACGUCAUAGUGCAGCCAUCAAGGUCAUCCUGUACAGGUCCAGCUCAGCACCCUGCAGCUUGCCCUGCCGGCGCGCCAAUAGCCGGGCCCUCGGCGGUGGAAGCUGCUUCAACUCUGCCAGAUCUCCUCGGGGACGUCCCCUUCACUCUGGCUCCCCAUGUCCUGGCCAUGCAGGCAGGGCUCCCCCUAAUUCCUGAUGUGCUGCUGUCCCGGGACAUAAACUACAACCUGACUAGUUUCCACUACGACUUCACUUUAGAGAACUCAGUGCUUCAUAACGCCUAGUCCGUUCAAGUUUUACUAUCAGGAGUUCACACUGGGGGGAUCUUGACUGAUUGUUGCUUAUUCGAGAGGUUCCAGGCCUACAACAUAUUGAACAUGCUCAUGUGAUUCUGUAGCAUUAUGAACAAGUAAAAGCUCACAAAAAUACAUUAAACAUAAAAUAAGUUGUAGAACUGCCAAGCAUAAUAUUUCUGUUAUUAACUCCUUAUCCAUUUUCUAAUUCCAAUGUAGUCUUUGCAAUGACAUGACAUUGGAAAGGACACAAUGAAGCCUGGACAUCUCACUGGCUGUACUACAGAUGAUGGUGAAAAAGUUUCAACUUUAUAGCUCUGGGGGAACCGUACGGACUUGUGGUUUACCUUUUCCUGGUUGGGUUGCUCUCAACGUAAACACAGUUAACACAGUUAGGGCUCCUGCUGUUUACUUUCAUUAGAGAUACAGGGCCUGCUUAUGGUAGGUUAAGACAUUGUGACUGUCAAGCCCAUAGGCACACUUCAGAUACAGUGAUGUACGAUGUGUUUUAAUGACGUUGUCUAUCUGAACAGGAUCAUUCAGUGUAUUACUACUUGGGUUUCUAGCAGUUUCUGAUGACUUUGCACUCAUCAGGGAAUUUACUGAGAUCUGGGGACAUUGCUACAAAAAGGCAGAGGGGUAAAAGACACGUGAAAUGUUGGUGCCCGGUGUGCACACUACUACAGGAAGUACUGUACAUUAGGUCAAAGUUGAACCAAGACAUUGGGCAAAAAAACUGCAGUGGAUGGGUUACACUGGUGAUGUUUUACAAAGUUUGGGUAAUAAAGUUACCCUUCACCUUUAUUUUCUCUUCCAAAUAAUUGUCUGUGUUACUGAUCUAAGGUUGUUUACAGCCCAUCUGAUCAUGUGAUUACUAGAAUUCUGCUACCCGCACCCAACCUGACCGGUCCAGCCAAGGUGUCAGGUUUUAGGCCAUCUUGUUGUGUAAAGGCCAGUUUAUGCUUCUGCGAUAAAUCGACGCCAUGAGUUCAUAUUUCCCUGCACUACACCUUGAAAACGUCAUAAUAUGACGCGAUCAUACCUGAAUUUGCGAGAUCUGGUGGGUCCUCGUGACUUCAGCUGUCAGUCAUGGACGCAGCCGCUCCGCAACAAAUCCGGACCUGGUGGGUGCUUCAGGUAAUUUGAGGACGUAGUACUUAGACGACGAAGCAAUAACUUGUAUCACAGCUUAGCACUAGGACAACACAUAGCCUACCUCCCAUAGAGUUCAACCUAAUUCUUCAAUAGAAUCAUCUAUUUAUGCACAAACUGCAACAUGUGAGAUUGUUUGAAUGAUAAAGUGAAAAUGUCCAGUAAGAGUAUUUUUACUAACUACAGCU